AUGGUGCUGCUGGCCGGGCCCGGGCCGGAGGGCGGCGGGGCGCGCUGCGUGUCCCCGCAGCCGCUGAGCCCACCUCGGGGCACGGAGGUCGACGAGGACCUCGGUGACUACGAGGAGUACGAGGACUUCUCGAGUCUGCCCGACACCCGCAGCAUCGCUUCGGACGACUCCUUCUAUCCUCCUGGGGGCGAGGAGCGCUGCGGCGCCGAGAGCGUGGAGAGCGUCCCGGAGGGAGUCCCGGAGGCGGCCACCAUCCUGCGCGCCGCUUGCGCCAACGACGUGGGGCUGCUUCGGGCGCUGGUGCGGCGAGGGCCGCGCGUCGAGGAGGUGCAAGAGACGGACCGCAACGGCCGGACUGGCCUUAUUAUCGCCUGCUAUCACGGUUUUGUGGACACCGUGGUGGCUUUAGCCGAAUGUCCUCAUGUUGACGUCAACUGGCAGGACAGCGAGGGGAACACGGCCCUGAUCACGGCAGCCCAGGCAGGACACGCCACCAUCACCAGCUACCUGCUCAACUACUUCCCGGGCCUCGACCUGGAGAGGAGGAACGUGUUCGGCUUCACGGCCCUGAUGAAGGCCGCCAUGCAGGGCCGUGUCGAGUGCAUCCGUGCCCUGAUGCUUGCAGGGGCAGAUGUGCAGGCGCGGGAUCCCCGCCGCAGAAUGUCGCCCCAGGAGUGGGCUGCUUACACCGGCCGGACAGAGGCGGUGCGGCUUAUGCACAGGCUGCUGGAGCGCCCCUGCCCGGAGCAGUAUGGGGAAUCCUACAGGCCUGAGCUGCCUCAGCCGCCCGUGGGCGCUGCCAAGCUCCCAGGCUCCAGGGGUUGCCUGCAGAGACUUGCAGAGUUCCUGCGAUCCUCGCUCAUCUCUCGCUCUGCCCGGGGCCUGGAGGACGGAGGGGUCCUCGACCACAUGGUGAGGAUGACUACAAGCCUCUACAGCCCUGCUGUGGCCAUCGUCUGUCAGACUGUGUGCCCCGAGGACCCUCCAUGUGUGGGGAAACGGCGCCUGGCAGUGCAGGAAAUUCUGGCGGCGCGGGAGGCCCAGGGCACACCUGACCUGGAGAAGGGCGCGGAACAGCAACCCCGGACCUUGCAGGAAGGGUCUCCACAAGUCAGCCCACCUGCUCCGCCUCUGCCAGGGCCGCGGGGCUCCGGCCCUGUCCCGCGCAGGGCCAGUCUCCUGCAGCUCUUGCGGCGCAGCAGCGUGCGCCCCGGUGUGGUGGUGCCCAGGGUUCGCGUCAGCAAGGCGCCUGCGCCCACCUUCCAGCCCGAGCGGGCGGCCCGUAAGAGCAGCACCAAGGACAGUGCCCAUCUGCAGAUCCCCAAGUGGAGGUACAAGGAGGCCAAGGAGGAGAGGAAGAGGGCGGAGGAGGCGGAGAAGAAGCGCCAGGCUGAGGCCCAGGAGAGGCGGGCGCCACGGUGGAAGAAAAGGACGUGACUGGGCCCGCGGUGCACGCCUGCUGGAGGGAUGCACCUGUGCCCGCCCUGGGGCGCCUCCGCGAGGACUGCCCGCUUCCCGGGACCCACGAAACCAUCCAUGUUGUCUGUUCUGUUGAAUAUGCUCAGAGCCGGUUCCCCCAGCAACCAGGACACCUCAUGGGCACUCUGCCUAAAAGUCUCCUGUUGGAAAACCCCAUGUAAGGAUUUUUAAAGAGCAGUUUAUCACACUGCGGAUUUUUUUUUUUUUGGCAGAAGUUUUGUGUUUUUUAAUCAGCAUCAAAUUGGAAGCAUUUUACAGAUGGGCUGUUUGUAUUUAGGCCGUUAUUACUACCUUUGUGAAAAGAACAUGGCUUGAGACACUGUGAACUUGAGGCUCUGUUGAUCCUCCUCCUCUUUGGCUCAUGGGCAGCUUGCAGGAGAGCAGGUUUCUGCAUGAGGCAUUAACUUUUGUCACAAAAGGAUUGGGUGAGAGACAAGGGCAUCAGAUUUCAUUGUAUCCUAAUUUUAAUACUCUCUUACCCACAAAGUAACAGUAAUUACCAAAUCGUUACCAAAACAAACAUGUAGAUCCACAUCACAUAUUUAUUGCUAGAACUCGGUGCACUUUAAGUAAGGGAUUUUGGCUUCACUGAAUGCAAAAUCCGCAACAUUUAAAAAAAAAGAUGUGCGAGGUAAAAAUCAUUUUUUUCAUUGAUAAUGACUAGAAGUGCAAAGGUGUGUGAAAUGGAGGCGAGGUGCUGUGGGGAAGGUAGCUGGGAGACUGGUCAGACGGGACGAGGGGUGGAAGGACAGGUCUCCCCAGUGUCCUGUGGGUCGCGAGUCUGCAGGCUGCCUCGGUGGGCGAGGCUUUGGCUUUGGUGAUUGCUCCUGUCUUCGGCUUAUCUGCAAGCCAGUGCUACGGCUUCUUGGGUGUGGCUGGCUGUGAUUUUUCUAGACCCUUGGCUCUCAGUGGGAAUUUUCUGCCCACGCUUUGCUUUCCAAAGCGCUGAGAAUGUCUAAUGAAUUCCUGGCCAUCUGGAUUUUCAGUUAUCUGCCAAUACGCACUUUAUUGGAAUGUUUAGAUGAAGGACUUGGACACCGUGGAUGUAAAAUAUGGCAGGCUGACAGCGUUCCACUGUAGCCCUGGAUGUGUUGUGACGUGCACCUGUCUGUCUCAUGAUGUGGGCAAGGGCAGUGCUGGCUUGUCCUUAUGUCUUCUGCCCAGCAGCAUCCAGCCCUGAGCAGUCGGGGAUUUCGCACCAGCCCCUCUCCAGACUCAGUCUUCUGGGUGCCAGGCUGUCCCCUGGCGGUGGGGAGGGUGGUGUGAUGAAGACACGAGGUGAAAGGUCAGAUUCCAGACAGCUCCUCCUCCUCCUCGUGUCACAGAGGUCUAGAUGUGCCCACCUCGAGAACC